AGUAGAGUUCGCUGCGUGACUGCGCUGCCGGCGCUUCAUCAUGGCGUCCGUCAAGGCCGACGUUAGGAACGGCGAGAGGCCGCCGAUUGAUUCCUCGUUGACGGGUGAAGCCAGGCUGAUAGACGAUGAGGGCGACAUUCCCAAGGACUUCGAGCCCGGAGCCUCGAAAGACCCCAUCAUACUGUCUGUGGACUCUUCGUCCGACUUGGAGAGCCAAGUGUUCGCGCAGGGUGACGGUGGAAUGUCUCCGCGAUCGCGGUCCAAGAGUACCAUCAACGAGAUCGAAAGGUCUGCCUCCGAAGACGACGUGCCGUCAGUUCAGGUCUGCCACGACGGUCGUCCUCCAUCAGACACUUCUGUGCAAGAGGUGGACGUGCCGUCAGCUGAGGACGUGACCGAAGCUUCAACCGCUACUGACCUGCUAGGUCCCGAGUUGGGUGCCCUGGCUGAGGACUGGGACAAUCAUGCCUGGCGGCAGCAAGAGAAGCAUGUGUUUGUCCUUAGCGAUGCAGGGAAGCCAAUCUACUGUCGGCAUGGCAGUGAGGAGCAGCUUGCUGCGCUUGCAGGAGUCAUGCAAGCCCUCGUUUCGUGCAUUGCCCUUUCUGGAGACCAGGUGCGGUACGUUCGGGCAGGUCGUCUGCGACUGGCUUUCCUGUUGCGGCUGCCACUCAUCCUGGUGGCAGCCACCAGCCUGCCUCUCUCUCUGCAGCAGUUGCAGGCACAGCUUGUCUACGUCCAUGCUCAGAUCCUGUCGGUGGUGACGGCCAGCCAGCUGGAACGGGUGUUCAACCGGCGGUGCAACUUUGACCUGCGGCGGCUGCUGGCUGGGUCCGAGCGUUUCCUUGACUCCUUGUGCGACCUGAUGGAUCGCGACCCAAGCUUCCUGCUCGGCGCCGUCCGCUGUCUGCCCCUGGCACCUGCCCUGCGCGACCAGAUCACCCAAGCCAUGCUCAAGCACUGUGCCAAGCACAAGAAGCUGGUGUUUGGCCUUCUGGUGGCAGAGCAGCAGCUGGUGGCAUUGGUGGGCAUGCGAAAGUACCAGUUGCACCACGUCGACCUGCACCUUUUACUGAACCUUGUGCACGCCUCCGAGUCGUUCAAGACGGCCGAGGCCUGGACGCCCGUCUGCUUGCCCAAGUUUGAUCCCAGUGGGUUCCUGCAUGCCCACGUGUCGUACCUGGCGGAGGGCAGCCCUGCCUGUCUGCUGCUCCUCACUGUGGACCGUGACCUCUUCUUUCCUCUCCAGGAGUGCCGCCGCAAGAUCGCCGAGAGCCUGCAGCGGAAGAACUGCCUGGAGGCCCUGAGAGAAGCAACCGUGACUGGUGGCUACAGUGUGCGCGAGGCAGGCGUGCCCGAGCUCUACCACUUCCUCUACAAGAGCAAAAGUGGCGCGCAGCUUAGCAGCCCGCGGCUGGAACCCCCGUACUCCAAGGACCCUGGACGCCUGCUAGCCCUGUACCGGCUCCUACACCACCGCAUGUACCAGCCGGCCUGCCCGCUUAAGAUCCUCUUCUGGGCCACAGGGAGGGAGACUCUUAUGGGAUGGCACAUGGCUGGAUUUGAGCUGUACGCAGCUUUUGAGCCAUUGGUGAACAAGGACACAGCAGUGCGUGCCAUGAGCAAGCUGCUCCACUGGAUCAAGCAGGAGGAGGAACGGCUGUUCAUCAUGAGUUACGCCACCCUAUGAACGUCGCGUGGACAGUGUCCAAAGAUCUCGAGGCAGCUACUGCUGCUCACUGCUCGUGGCCAGUGUCUUCAGCUCGGCACUGCUUCGUAGGAACAGCUCAGUCAGCAUUUGUCAGCUAGUCACCGUACACAUUGCUUGUGAUCAUUCCCGUACAAAAACACAUUCAAGGACACAGAAGCUGACGGUUGUCUACAGUCAGGCUCACCUGCAUUUGUGCACUGACAAGGUUGGUGCAAGCCGUGCUAGAUACCACAGCCAAGCUGGAUCUUGUGUGGUGUUGUUUGGGAGAGUGCAGUGUCAGCAGUGCGUAAAACGCCGAGCACAAAACAAACAAGACUGAUCGAAGAGCUUCAGUCCCUUUUGUGUCUGCCAGCAGAGGUCUCGUCUGCAGUUGCAACGUGCAGGAAAGCAGUGGUGCACAGGGUGGAGGACUUGAACUGACAUUCCUGACGAUUUCCAGUUGUGAAAAGUUCUGUGUUGCAAUAGGGAGCCGAGUUUACUGACUGCAGUUAUGUUGUUGCCACUGCCAGCAACUCUCUUCUGUGGUGAGCUGUGUUCUCAAUGACGAGUGCAAAAAAAAAGUGAACUGAUUAAAAAUGAACUCUUUACCGCA